AACUUCUCGAAGCGCGAGGUUUGGUGUAUUAAAAGACCCCCGCGCGUAUCACACUCAGACAGAGUUUGGAAAGCGAGAAGUGAACAUUGCGUUUACGUAUAAUUUAUUACAUUGCGAUUUAUUCUGUGAUAUAUACGAAACAAACGAUAGAAAAUCGAUAAAACAUGUCGAAGGCUCCAGCAGUUGGAAUUGAUUUAGGCACUACUUAUUCUUGCGUGGGUGUUUUCCAGCAUGGAAAAGUUGAAAUCAUUGCAAAUGAUCAAGGAAAUCGAACGACACCAAGUUAUGUCGCUUUCACGGACACAGAAAGAUUGAUUGGCGACGCGGCCAAAAAUCAGGUUGCAAUGAACCCAAACAACACUAUUUUUGAUGCGAAAAGAUUGAUCGGUCGUCGCUUCGAUGAUACAACAGUACAAAGUGAUAUGAAACAUUGGCCAUUCACGGUGAUGAACGAUGGAGGAAAACCUAAGAUCAAGGUUUCGUAUAAAGGUGAAACGAAGACUUUCUUCCCCGAAGAAGUGUCUUCGAUGGUUCUCACGAAAAUGAAAGAAACUGCAGAAGCCUACUUAGGAAAAAUAGUUACCAAUGCCGUUAUUACCGUCCCCGCAUAUUUCAAUGAUUCACAAAGACAAGCUACCAAAGAUGCGGGAGCAAUAGCAGGCUUAAACGUUUUAAGAAUAAUUAAUGAACCAACCGCGGCGGCGAUUGCUUAUGGCUUAGAUAAAAAAACUGCAGGUGAAAAGAAUGUAUUGAUCUUUGACUUGGGAGGUGGCACCUUUGAUGUGUCCAUAUUGACUAUCGAAGAUGGCAUCUUUGAAGUGAAGUCAACAGCAGGCGAUACUCAUCUUGGUGGUGAAGACUUCGAUAAUCGGAUGGUGAAUCACUUCGUCCAGGAGUUCAAGAGAAAAUACAAGAAAGACUUAAGUUCGAAUAAGAGGGCCCUUAGACGAUUGAGGACCGCUUGUGAGAGAGCAAAGAGAACUUUAAGCUCUUCAACACAAGCCAGCAUCGAAAUCGAUUCUCUUUUCGAGGGCAUUGAUUUCUACACAUCGAUUACCAGAGCCAGAUUUGAAGAACUUUGCGCGGAUUUAUUUAGGAGCACAUUGGAACCAGUUGAAAAGGCUUUGAGAGAUGCCAAGAUGGACAAAGCUCAUGUUCACAGUAUCGUUUUAGUCGGUGGUUCUACCAGAAUACCAAAGAUUCAAAAAUUACUACAGGACUUUUUCAAUGGAAAAGAAUUGAAUAAAUCGAUCAAUCCUGAUGAAGCUGUUGCUUAUGGCGCAGCUGUACAGGCCGCUAUUUUGCAUGGUGACAAAUCUCAAGAAGUUCAGGAUCUAUUGCUAUUGGAUGUCACUCCAUUAUCUCUGGGUAUAGAAACAGCUGGUGGUGUGAUGACAACUUUGAUCAAGAGGAACACGACGAUACCAACCAAGCAAACACAAACUUUCACUACUUAUUCCGAUAAUCAACCUGGCGUCUUGAUUCAAGUAUACGAAGGAGAGAGAGCUAUGACAAAAGAUAAUAAUAUUCUUGGAAAGUUUGAACUUACUGGCAUUCCACCUGCACCUAGAGGUGUACCUCAAAUUGAGGUCACAUUUGAUAUCGAUGCUAAUGGUAUUCUGAAUGUAUCCGCAAUUGAAAAGUCAACCGGAAAGGAGAACAAGAUCACCAUCACAAAUGAUAAAGGUCGAUUGUCAAAAGAAGAUAUCGAGAGAAUGGUGAACGAAGCAGAAAGAUACCGCAAUGAAGAUGAACAACAACGUGAAAGAAUAACUGCCAAAAAUGCAUUAGAAUCUUAUUGUUUCAAUAUGAAGAGUACAAUGGAAGAUGAGAAGAUCAAAGAUAAGAUCGAUUCAACGGAAAAAGAAAAGGUCAUUAAUAAGUGUAACGAAGUGAUUUCAUGGUUGGAUGCAAAUCAAUUGGCAGAGAAGGAAGAAUUCGCCGAUAAGCAGAAAGAAUUGGAAUCCGUUUGCAAUCCUGUUGUCACUAAAUUAUAUCAGGGAGGAGCUACACCUGGAGGGUUCCAUCCAGGUGCUGCUACAGGAGGCGGUGGUGCUGGAGGACCAACCAUCGAAGAAGUAGACUAAAAAAACAAGAAAUCAUCCAUAACAUUAAAUAUCUUUUUCGUUUCAUUGUAUUUAUUUCAACUCAAACUUUGCACAGUCAUGAUCAUCGAUUUUCAUAUUUGUUUACAUUGAUAAUGCAUAUUUUUUGAGAUCAGAGACUUUAUUUCCUGCAAGAAAGAGAUUUUAUUUCUUGUAUUUAAAAAGAUUGGUAAUAUAAAUUUGUUA